AUGGUCCUUUGCUUUCAGUCUGGCAAGCGCAAGCGGCUGGUGAAGGCCAAGCUGGUUCACGUAGUUCGACAUGGCGAGGCACAGCAUAACGUGCGAGACAAGUACUUGUUGAAGCAUGAUACUCAGUUAACGAAGCGGGGGCGUCGCCAGGCGAAGUCCCUGCACACUCUGCUGCCCAAGCUCAAGGCUGAGGUUGCCAUAACAUCGGCCGUGCUCCGUGCUUUGCAGACGACACGCUGCAUGGGCUUUUCGGGCAAAACAGUGGUGGUCCCUGAGGCGCGGGAGGUGGCCGGAUGGCCUGCCAAUGCUCCCAUCGAUUCACAGCGAGCGGUCACUGGCGAUCUGGAGUCUCAGUUCGGUCGGUAUGAUUGGUCGCUGGCGGCUAAAGGAAGUCGGCAGCACAAUGCCCAAAGAUGGGAGCGCCUCGUGCAGAUCAAGGAUCGUGCACGCCGCCUGACCAAGCUCAUAGAACGCAGGCAAGAAUCAAGCAUCUUGCUUGUGUCUCAUGGCGAGUUUCUGCAGCAUCUCACGAGCGACAAGUACAUGCAGAACUGCGAAGUGCGGACCUAUGCAGUGUGCGACGGGAAGUGGCGGCGCUUACGACGCACGAAAUGCUCAGUAUGA